AUGGUAGUGCUGCCAGAAGCUGGUCCGCACUGUCGUACGCCCAGCUGGGCGACGUUUGCACUGCCAGACGCGGAGAAGUCGUGGCUAGCGAUUGUGGUCGUAAAGUCGAAUGGUCGUAAGUUGCAUAGGUCGGCUUCCACAGGAGGCUUACACGCCGCCGCUUGUGCUGCUGCCACAUCUCUAGUGAUCCCUGAAAAGUUCCAGCAUAUUUUGCAAGUACUCAACAUCAACAUCGAUGGGUGGCGGAAAACAGCCUUUGCCAUCACUGCCACUAAGCGUGUGGGCCGAAAAUAUGCUCAUGUGGUGUUAAGGAAAGCAGACACUGACCUCACCAAGAGGGCAGCAGAACUCACUGAGGAUGAGGUGGAACGUGUGAUCACCAUUAUGCAGAAUCCACGCCAAUAUAAGAUCCCAGACUGGUUCUUAAACAGACAGAAGGAUGGAAAGGAUGGAAAAUAUAGCCAGGUCCUAGCCAAUGGUCUGGACAACGAGCUCCGUGAAGACCUGGAGCGACUGAAGAAGAUUCGCGCCCAUAGAGGGCUUCACCACUUCUGGGGCCUUUGUGUCCGCGGCCAGCACACAAAGACCACUGGCCACCGUGGCCGCACCAUGGGUGUAUCCAAGAAGAAAUAAGUCUGUAGGACUUGUCUGUUAAUAAAUAGUUUAUAUACCGAAAAAAAAAAAAAAAAA